GUCAGCGAUCAGUCGUGCUUUGCCAGCCAACGCGGUGAGCACAUAGCGGGUACGUCGUCGUAGAUGCUGGCGUCUUCUAGUGAAAAAUCAACCCUCCUGUCCUUCGUAAUUCCUACCUUGUCAUCCAAAGUGCAUCCUCGCAUCAUUCAGUCCUCUGUCUCCAUCGCUAAUAGGAAUCUAGGUUGAAGUUACCUAAUUCGUCGUUUCGUCAAAAAUCCUUUGAUUGAAUUUUAUAUGGACGGGGUGGCAAGUGCAGCAACUACGAAGAUGGCCGACAGGACAUACUACCCCAAUCCUGAAGUAUUCAGGAAGGCUCACUGCAGCAGUUUCGACGAAUAUAAAAAAAUGCAUAAGAUGUCUAUCGAGGAACCAGCACAGUUCUGGGGAGAAAUAGCCAAACAAUUUCACUGGGAGACUCCGGCGAAUCAGGAUAAUUUCUGCUCCUACAAUUUCGACCGUACAAAGGGAGAAAUCUUUAUAAAAUGGAUGGAAGGUGCUACCACGAAUUUGAGCUAUAAUCUUCUUGAUAAAAACGUGCGGAAUGGCUAUGGUGAUAAAAUUGCUUUUUACUGGGAAGGUAACGAUCCAGAGGACUACUCACGGCUGACCUAUAAGAAACUAUUAGAAGAAGUCUGUAGGUUCGCUAAUGUCUUGAAGACUAAAGGUGUGACCAAAGGUGAUCGCGUUGCGAUUUAUAUGCCGAUGAUCCUUGAGUUACCGAUUGCUAUGCUCGCUUGUACCAGAAUAGGUGCCAUACACAGUAUAGUGUUCGCAGGCUAUUCCUCGGACUCUUUAACCGAGAGGAUAUUGGAUUGCAAAGCGAAGGUUCUGAUCACAGCCGACGGAGUCUGGAGAGGCGAGAAGCUCCUUUUGCUGAAGAACAUUGCCGACGAGGCUCUGGAUAAAGUGAAGCAGCAUGACCACGAAGUGGAGACGUGUAUCGUUGUGGGUCAUCUCGAGAGGGUCAACGGUCCACCUACCAGAGCAACUCAUACGACCAAUGGAGUUAAUGGUACCAAUGGUAACAAAUCUGAAUCAUCUGCUAAAGAAAUUUCGUGGACCGAAGGCCGUGAUUUUUGGUGGGACAAGUUGAUGGAUGACGAAGAACCCAGCUGUUAUCCCGUCUGGAUGGCUGCUGAAGAUCCGAUCUUCAUGCUGUAUACUAGUGGUUCUACUGGAAAGCCUAAAGGAGUCCUCCACACCACUGCAGGAUAUCUUAUCUAUGCGGCUACCACGUUUAAGUACGUCUUUGAUUACCAUCCUGGUGAUGUUUAUUGGUGCACGGCAGACGUUGGUUGGAUCACAGGUCACACCUAUGUUGUGUACGGACCUUUAGCUAAUGGAGCUACUUCCGUAUUGUUUGAAGGUACACCUUUCUAUCCUGCGAAUGACAGGUACUGGUCUGUCAUUGACAAGUACAAGGUUAAUCAAUUCUAUACUGCACCGACUGCCAUCAGGUCCCUCAUGAAGUUUGGUGACGAAUUAGUGACCAAGCACAAUCUCAGCUCGCUCAGAGUUCUUGGAUCCGUGGGUGAACCAAUCAAUUCCGAAGCUUGGCUGUGGUUUUACAACAUCGUCGGCCAUGGUAAAUGUAGCAUCGUAGACACUUUUUGGCAAACGGAAACGGGUGGUCACGUGAUAACGCCACUCCCCGGUGCUACGCCAAUGAAGCCGGGAUCAGCGACGUUUCCGUUCUUUGGCGUUUUGCCGGAACUCAUCGAUGAAGACGGAACUCUUAUCGAAGGCGAGGGCGAAGGAUAUCUCGUCUUCAGCAGACCUUGGCCGGGAAUGAUGAGAACUCUCUUUGGGAAUCACGAGCGUUUUCAGAAUACUUAUUUUGAUCGGUUUCAUGGAUAUUAUUGUACAGGCGAUGGUGCCAAACGUGACGCCGAUGGUUACCUUUGGGUAACCGGACGUAUCGAUGACAUGUUGAACGUUUCUGGUCACUUGAUGUCCACAGCGGAAGUCGAAAGUGUCUUGACAGAGCAUGAUUCCGUAGCUGAAGCUGCUGUAGUGAGUAAGCCUCACUCGGUAAAGGGUCAAUGCCUUUAUUGUUUCAUUACGCCCAACGAAGGACACGUUUUCAAUAAACAGCUGCAGGAUGAACUGAAGAAGAAAGUGCGCGAGAGGAUCGGUGCCUUCGCUCAACCGGAUGUGAUCCAACAUGCUCCAGGUUUACCGAAGACGAGAUCUGGUAAGAUCAUGCGACGCAUUCUCAGGAAGAUAGCCGUCGGCGACAAAAAUGUCGGCGAUAUAUCAACAUUGGCUGACGAGGCGGUAGUGGAUCUAUUAUUCCAGCUCAGGCCCUAAAUUCAACUUAGGAUAUUCUCUAGUCUUACGGUAAAGGCAGCGCACAGUCACAUCCGGUAGCAGAAUAUUCGUGCUUUUAUAGAUGCGGAAGGCAACCAUGCUCACUUUCCACUAUUUUACGUAUAUUAUUUAAUUAUAACCUGAGGUGAACUUCGAGAGGGCAGAAGUGACCGUUCCUGUUAUUUUAAAGAAAAUCCACACGGGCUGGGUCUUGUUUUAAUUUAUCUUGCGAUUACAAGUAAUAAUACACGAGACUCCUGGUCGUAACUCUUUUUUUUUUUAAUUAAGCAAUGAUUGGCCGAUUCACGUGUUUUCGGCAUGUCCAUUUUCGGUCACCGUUUUCGUUUUGUCAUCAGUCAUAUUUCAUACAUGCCCAACUGCACAUUUGUUAAACGAAGUCAAGGGAAAGGGCAAAGUACUAAUAUAAAAUAAAAAUGAAAAGGUGGGUACAAAAAGAAAGAGAAAAAAAACCGUCCUUCACGGUCGACUUUACACGCUUGUUGCGUCAUUACGCAUAAAGACGAUAUUACAUUCGCAACGAAAGUACACUUGUAUACUUUAGAUGAUUUUAUUUUCAUGCAAGAAAAUUGCUCCUGUGCCAUACGAGUACUUUAAGUGUCUACGCAUGCGUAGAUAUAGAUUCGCGCUUGCUAAUUGACCGUCUUCUGUAUAUAGAAUGUAAUGGCGAACAACACUCAUCUAGCGUCGCGGUUCUACUAGUUAUUUAUAAUUGAAUUGAACGUUAAAAAUUGUAAAAUUGAUUAGAUUAUCAGACUGGUGUCUAUGAAAUUUUAUUUUCCUGCUAUCGCUACUAGCGUAGGAGGAUUUUAAGAUCGUAACUGGGAAAGCAUGAUAAGGAAAAAUUAAUGCACUAGGGAGCAUCACGCUAUACUGGUACCAUAACUAAAAAUAGAGCUUAAUUUAUUUUUUCGGCGUUCAAUUCUUAGAGUUGAAAAGUCGAGUGGGUUAAUUUACGACUAAGCGCACUGGCUUACAUUAUUUACGUACACGCAUAGACGCGCAGAAAAUUAUUAUAUAUUAUAGUUUUUUUGGCCAAUUGGGCGAACAAGCUGAAGGGGGAAGGGAAGGAGGAGGAUGAAUGUGUGAAAAUAUUAAAACGUUGAAAGUAACACUGAUACUGUGAUGGCGAUCGCAUAAUUCAAGUGGAUGUCUCUACUAAUAAACGCCUGAGAAUAUAAUGAAUGUUAAAGAAUAAAUUAUAAAGAUGAAAUAUACAUAUAUAAAUAUAUAUAAAUUAAGUAAAUUAUGUAUACGUGUAACGUACCUAUUAGAUACAACACGUGUGUACUUGAAGAGACAUAAGAAACUCAUCGAUCUAAAAUGAAUCUUGGAUCGAGUCGCAUACAUAUCAUUCCUCGUGGAACAAAUUAAAUAUAGGUGUGAUAUAAGAAAUAUGUAUAUGUAUAUAUGUUGAAACGCAUAAUUCUGUUAAACCAUUUCCAAAGCCUCUUAUUAUUAAAAUUUCCAUCCCCACAAUUGAAUGUUCUCAAAUGUAACUUUUCAGAUUCAAUUGAUUUUACUUUGUUAACCUUAA